UCAGCAGUACAAUGGAUGUUACAUAGAGAAAGUGUAAUCCAAGAAAAGGAAAUAAUUAAUCCUUUAUAUGAAAAAAUCACAUUAAACAACAAAACCGAAAUUUAUUUCGAUAAAUACACAGGGCACAUUGAGCCAUAUCCCCCCAUCAUAAAAUCAUUUCAAUCUUGUGGUAUCCUUGCUGAUGAAAUGGGAUUAGGCAAAACCGUCGAGAUUUUAGCGCUUACACUAAUCCACACUAGACAAUCUAUUUAUCCCAUUUAUACAAAAAACAAUGUAAAUCAUUCACUUGAAAGUGAAACACCCACCAUUGAAAUUUCGACUAAAGUUCGUAAAAGAAAAUCAAAUUUUUCUGAAGAUAUCACUCACGUAAUUGCCGAAAAAAAACCUAAGCGGGAAAAUAAACGGGAAAAAUCGCUUCAUCGCCGCGCGUUAGAAGCCUGGUACAAUAACAUGUUGGGAUUAAACAAAAAUGUGGAAAAAAAGUCGUUACUUCAAUGCGUUUGUGGUGAUAAGAAGGAGGAGGAUGUUGUUGAAUGUUCGAAAUGUGGGAAACAACAACAUUCGGGUUGUUUGGGGUAUCAAGAAAAAUUUGGUGCUUAUAUUUGCCCUCAAUGUUGGAUUCAAGAG